UCAUGCAGAACUACACUUCCUUACUUUGUCCAUAAUCGCUUCUCUUUUUGAGUCCCUUUGCUGGUUUCCUUUGUAGCCCUAGACACUAUAAAAGUGAUGUCUGGUAGUAAUAGACCGACAAUUACCCAGGACGCAGUUAUGGCUGACAUCAACGCUCAAGCGGAUGACCUUCUUGCCGAGUUGGGGAUCUUCGACUCCAGUUCUUCUGCUAGCCCUGCUCCUCCGCCGCCUCCUCCUGCUACUGGUAGUGGACCUGCUCCUCCACCACCACCGCCGCCACCUCCAGCAGUAAAGGCGAGCCCCACUACUACUACUACAGGGCCUAGCGCCAAACCAGCGAAGACCAACCGCCCUGCCAAAACCAUGCAAGAAGAGUUGGACGAGGUGUUUGAUUCUGUAAUCAGCUUUGCCAACAAGGCUUCCAAUAGGAAAAAGACCCCGCCACCAGUGGCCCCUAAGCCAAAGAGAAAGACCCACGUCAGUUCUUACACGGUCGACAUCAAAGGCAACAAAGCUACUCCUGUGUCACAGCCUGCAGCAGCUCCUUCUACUCAACCCGCUCCAUCCCUUGCCCCUUCUGUUCCAACUCCUCCGAAAGGUUCUCCUGUCAAAAUGGCGAUAGUUGAACCAACAGCUUUUGGCCCGGGGCUAGAAUCCUUUGAAGUCAACACACCGGGGACUUUUGAAGUAUCAUGUGCUCCCGAAACCAGAGAGAAAGAUCUUGAAGUUAAAGCCGUGGGUCCCACCGGGUCUAAGAACGUCAUUAUAGAACCUCUUGGUACCGGGCAGUUCUCAUGCGAGUACACGCCUUCGGUAGCCGGUGAACACAAGGUCACCAUAAAGGUGAAAGGUAAGGAGAUCAAAGGCAGCCCUUUCACAGCAAACGUUAAGUAUGCCAGCUAUACUGAUAAAGCAGAAGCUUUCGGACCAGGCCUUGAAUUUGGUACCACAGAUCAACCUUGUCGCUUUACCGUACGACUUAAAGAAGAAGCCGGAUUCACUCGCAUGCGUGUACACAUACUUGGGGCAUCAAGAGCGGAGCCAAUCGAAAUGGCUGAAAUUGAGGACAACGCUAUCGAAGUGACAUAUCACCCAACGGCUCCAGGAGAGUAUACUAUACGUGUGCUAUGGGGAGAAGCACAUGUCAAGGGUAGCCCAUUCAACGUUAAUGUCACUGGACCCAUUAAUAAUGAUCCCAGCAAAGUAAAGGUGACCGGCGACGGGUUAUCGGGUGGUCAAGUAGGCGAACCGAUUAAACUCUUUGUAUCUGCUGAUGUUGGCUCUGGCCCAGGGCCACUGGGUGUUAAAUUGAUCGGUCCAUCAAAGCCGUCCAUUGUCGCUGAUGAUUCGAGCGAGGAAGGAGUAGAAGUCACGAUAAAAUGUUUGGAUCCUGGAGAGUACCGAAUGAUGGUAAAGUGGGGAGACGAAGAGAUCCCUGGCAGUCCCUUUGUCAUACCAGUCGGUGGUAAGGGAAGGGACAUCAAGCCUGAGCUUUGUACUGCCAUUGGUGAUGGGCUUACUCACGGGAAAGUGAACGAAUUCGCUAAAUUUAUAGUUCACAUACCUGAAGAUGCCGGGCCUGGUAGUCUGGGGGUUUCAAUCUCAGGACCUCAUCCGCCCAAACCAAUCGAGAUAAUCAAUAAUCAAGAUGGAACCAUGGACGUCAAUUACAAGCCCCUAGCACCAGGAGAGUACAAGAUCAAUUGUACUUUUGGCGACCUUCAUAUCAAAGAAAGUCCUUUCACUGCAAAAAUCGAAGGAGAAGCCGUUCGCAAUCCUCUCCUUGUCACAGCAAGUGGCGAUGCACUUAUCAAACCUGUUCUCUGUGGACAACUCGCUGUCAUUUCAAUUGUAGCAGGAGAGGGAGCUGGUGCUGGGCCUCUUAGAGCAAAAAUGGAAGGUCCGUCAAAAGCGGAUUUACAUCUUCAAAGCACUCCAGAGCAGACUUUUGAGGCAUCUUUCUGUCCUAAGGAUUCCGGGGAGUAUAAGCUGUACUUUAUGUGGGGCGACGGCAAUGAUGAUGAAUCUCAAAUUGCAGGCAGCCCUUUUACAAUUAAAGUGGAAUAAUAAACUGCGGUUCUCUCUGUUUUCCCUCGCUCUCUCUCUUUCAAUCUUUUUGUGCCAAAACUGGCUAAAUGUAGGGCUUAUUGUUAUAAUUCCAGACAUUUUUCAAUUGCUAACAUUAAUUUUUUUUUUGAAUUUUUGAACACAGAUAUGUGUAUUAUCAUUACAUUUUUAGUGUUCGCAAUAGACUAUGUAUGUAAUGUAGUAUAAAUUUUUACACUUAUUAGCAGUGAUGUUUACCCAUA